AAAUUUCGAAAUCAACGUAUCCUACGAGUUCAAAUGUGUAUAUAAGGAAGAAUCAGCAUUUUGAUUGCUAAAUUUUCGUGAAUUUUUCUCGAGUACCUUGCAGUUUCUUCGCAAAAUCUAUUUUACAAAAGUUAUUUGAAUUUUCAUCAAGCAAGAGAUCGUGUUCGCGGUUUAAAGAUUUAUUCAUUUAUUUAUUUAUUAUUUAUUAUUGUGUAAACGGAUAGAAAUACGGCGAUGAUGUUCUGACGAGUGUCACAAAGGGGCCUACGGGUAUCAAUGGUCCGAAGCCGGUUUUGUACGAGUAUCGUUUUGACAGAAGGGUACCGCGUAUUGCUAAGGGUGCGGAGGGAAAUAGGUGGAAAUAGGUGGAGGUCCGUUUCUGAAGGGAAGCUUAACCUCGAGUGUUACAAUAAAUCAACGAGGAGCUUUUGCAAACUCCACCCUCGUAACUUCAGGAGAACACAAAGCCCCAUAGACAGAGGUCGUCUGUCUGUUUUGUUAUGUUUAAAGUACUUCUCGUUCGUAUAAACAAUUUAUUAUUCCAUCAUAUGAAUUUUAAUUUCAUACCGGAUAAUUUCAAGGUUUUUCAUUUUACACACGUUCAACGUAAAACUCAUUUUUAACCCAUCAUUUUAUUCUUAUAUAUUCCGUUUUAUGUUUGGUACAUUAGACUUUUAUUUAAAUGAGCUUUCAGCUUCGAUACAGAUAGAAACGUUUAGCUGUGCUUUUAGAAAAAUAUCCACUCAAACUUGUUACGAUAUACAUACUUCGUCUUGUGCCAUAAUAGUCGUCAAAAUUAAAAAUCAUAAUCAAAUUUAUACACGCGUUAUAAAUUCGUCUCUUUAAAAAUUCGAUGUCAACAUAGCUGACUCAAUAUAGAACCGUUUGCUAUCAAACCAUUGAGGACGGUUGAGGUACGCCAAUACAGAGUGCCGUCCUCAAAGGGUUAAUUGUUUUCAAAAUAAAUUAAUAAAUUAUUUAAACGUCUAAAUGUACCAAUUAAAAAUACGUCGACUAUUCGUCCACUGUUAUCAUUUCCAACGAAAUAAUUUCAAUGAAUUAUUUAAAAUAUACCAUAAAUGAGAAAAAAGAUGAAAUUAAAGUCAAGAUUUAAAAACUUAGAAACUAAAUGGAGGAGAGCAAAAAGAAGAAGGCAAGAUAAGUAGGCAAAGACCAAAGAACUAGAUAAGCAAGACAGGGGUUGCAGCCCUUGAAUAGUACAGAUAUAUCGUUCCUCGGCGUUCUUCUUUGCUUCCUCCGUUUGCUAUGGUUCCCUUCUCUAUCUGUUCUCCAGCACCCUUUGCAAGCCCAUGACAAAAGGGCCAAAGGCCCGUGGCCGUGGUGACCGAUUAAUUCACGACAAAAGGGGCUGCGUAUCGGUUAAGCGAGCCCUCGACCGGCCCCUCUAAAACCCACCUUUGCCCUUACCGAGAAGGCCGCCCCUUCUACUUCCUCUUCAGCUUCUCUCAAGGGCUACCUUCGCUACCGAACGAUCCAAUCCUGUACAGAGGGUGGCAACCACGAAUGCUAUAUAACACUGGGGUGAAGUUUGUUAAAUCAGUCGUGCUCAAGGUCCCAUGCCAAUAACACCUCCUAAAGAGGAAGAAAUUUCCGCGUCGAAAAGUUCUCGUCACACUAAAAGAGACCGUCGGUAGCUUUGAAACGAAGCACUAACGUAUCAGCUGGAAUUAGCUACCGACAGGAUUCGAACCUGUGCGUUUCAGUGGUGUGAAUAAUAUUUUAAGUGUUUGAAUAAUAUAAAUUAUAAAACAAAAAUGAGUGCUACGAGGAGCACAAGAUUCUUCCGACCCUGGAACGUCCAUGAAACCGUUGGUGGAACUAACACGGCGUCGGCUGGAGGAAACGAGAACCGGCACGAAAUGGAAGAGCCAGUAGAACGACAAGAUGAAGAUGUCACCGCUUCUUCAGGCGUUACUUCCGGAGAGGUCAGCUCCGGAAGUUCAUCGGACAGCGACGUUUCCUCGGCUGGCACCAUGGUGUCGGCGUACAGCGACGGUGCAACUAGGCGUAUUUCCAUGGCACCACAAGAAUCUGCGUUUCAAAUAGCGAACUACAAUUAUCUAGCGAGCACUCUGCAUCAAAACAAUACGAACCUCUCAAAUACUUUCCAUCUUGGCUUGGAUUUGGCCAGUUCUUCAACGUCUCCGACAGUGUUUCCGGCCAUGUUAGGGAUGUACUGUCCAUCGUCCAUGGACCAGGCCGUUGAGAGAGUUCACUUGCAAGACGCGGCUGCGAAACAGAUGAAGAAAUUGCGGCCGAAGAAAUUUCGAUGCGAACUCUGCGACGUCGCGUUCAGCAAUAACGGACAGCUGAAGGGACACGUCCGUAUACAUACAGGAGAGAGGCCCUUCAAAUGUGACGCGGAGGGAUGCGGAAAAUCGUUCACCAGAAACGAAGAACUUACGAGGCACAAGAGGAUUCAUACGGGAGUUCGUCCACACGGUUGCAUCGUCUGCGGGAAGCAUUUCGGAAGGAAGGAUCAUCUGAAGAAACACAUGAGAACGCACGAGAACCGAGAUCCAUAUCGUGUGUCAGCAGCAGCGUUAGGGAUGUUCGCCCUUGGCUCGGUUCUACCACAAGGCUCUCCGUUUCCACCGUAUCUAUAUCCAUUUUGACACUGUAACAGUGAAGAAAUCGCGGCGUAUUUUGUAAUGUAUAUAAUUGUUAUGAUAUUUUAUUUUUAUACACUUUGACUAGUUAUAAGAGAUUUAAUAUAUUUUUGUAUAGGAGAAUUAUUAUAUUCUAUGUAUCGAAACGUUUAUAUAGUACAAAUGAUCGUUGCCUUGAUAGGAGGGUCCUUCGUUUUAUGAAGGUUCGAUGAAAAUUGAUAUAUUUUUGAUACCGUGACUUUAUCGAUGCUAGUCAAGAGCAAAGGCUGUAUUUACAGGCUGUAAAAUAUCGUAACAAAUGCGAGAAAUAUUUAUACACAAGAGAUAUAUGUACAAGAGAUUAUUGUAUGAAUUAAGUUAAUUUUCAUUAAAGUUUAUCUAUUGAAGUCUGUUUGAAACAUUAA